AUGGCGCUUGUCCCCCCACCGGCAGCGGCUGAAUUAGCGAUAGCCCCCACGGACCCGCCGGCUGUUUCGACAUGCUCGACGCCGAGAGCUCGAUACGAUGAGACGGCAGUCGAUGGGAAAUCUGACAGUGACGUCGAGGACCGUUUCGACGGCGCAGGAAGAGGUGGUGACGCUGAGGGCCGGUAUUCGGGUCGCCGGCCCAACGACGAUGGCAUCUACUACCCCGAAGGUGGCUUCAAGGCGUGGAUGGUCGUCGUGGGGUCUUGCUUUGGCACUGCCGUUACUCUGGGGAUGAUGAACACAGUCGGUACAAUCCAGGCCUAUGUCCGCGAGCACCAGCUCAAGGAGUACGACGAAGGUACAACCGGCUGGAUAUUCAGCACCUUCAUCUUCCUUGGGUUUUUCGGCGGCGUCCAGGUUGGGCCUGUGUUUGAUGCCCAUGGCCCCAGGAUGCUGAUACUCGCCGGCAGCGUCUGUCUGGGUGCCAGCAUGCUGCUGCUCGGACUGUGUACGCAGUACUGGCAUUUCAUGCUCUGCUUCGGCAUCCUUGGUGGAACGGGAGCCUCCCUGAUCUUCACGCCUGCUCUAUCAGCCAUCAGCCACUGGUUCAACGAGAAGCGGGCAACGGCUACUGGGAUUGCUGCUGCAGGCGGCUCUGUCGGCGGGAUCGUUUUCCCUCUCGCCUUGCAGAAGCUAUACACAGUGGUCUCGUUUGCAUGGGCUACGAGAAUCGUUGGAUUCGUCGUUAUCUUUUGCUGUGCCGUGGCGGUCAUACUGGUGCGCUCACGUCUGCCUCCAAAGCCUGGACAGACGGUUAUACCCAGCCUACGCAUCCUACGCAACCCGGCAUAUCUAUCUGUCACACUGGGGACAUAUUUCAUGGAAUGGGCUCUCUUUGUCCCAAUUGCGUAUAUCACUGCCUUUGCCCUGUCGACGGGUGCCAUGUCCACCGCGUUCUCCUACCAGCUAAUAGCUAUAAUGAAUGCGGGAUCCAGCAUUGGCCGAGCGCUGCCUGGAUAUGUGGCUGACAAGCUUGGCCGUUUCAACAGCAUGAUUGCUGCUCUUGUUAUCUGCACAGCCAUGACCAUUACCCUAUGGCUGCCUGCCUCGCUUCUUACCACAACUCCUUCCUCAGCACCGACAAUCAAAGCACUGUCCAUUGUGUUUGCUUUGAUAUUUGGCUUUGCGUCUGGGUCCAAUGUCUCCCUAGCUCCGGUGUGCGUGGGCCAGCUGUGUGACACGAAUGAGUAUGGGAGGUACUAUGCAACUUGUUAUACGAUCGUCUCAUUCGGCACUCUCACAGGCAUUCCGAUUGCGGGGAGUCUUCUCCAGCACACUGGCGGACGAUACUGGGGAGUUGUUUUAUGGACCACUCUCUGCUACGUUAUCUCUCUAGCCUGCUUCAUCUGGGGCCGAGCCUGCUGCGUCGGAUGGAAGCUGGGCGUUAAGUUUUAGAGUGCUUUUAUUCCCGACUAACUUAGAACUGCCAUCUAGAUCGGCAGGCAGGCGUGUUUCCUGAAGCUUCAAAGGGGAAAACUAGUUCAUAUAUAUAUAUUAUUGCUUGCAUGUAUAUUAAUGGCGGGAUAAAGGCUGUGCUAGUUGUAUAUGUGAAAGACAUGCUGUUGCAGUGUUUGUUAGUUCCUCUCUUCCGCUUCGUGUAGGACAGCAUGAGACCCUGGUAGCCAGCCGACUAGUCAGUUACACCGGCCAAUGUGGCCACAUCGUGUACUCCGUACUACACAGCGAGUCAUUCGAGGUUAGAACGUACAGCGCUCUCACUGCACACAGCUACAGAAUAAUGUCUUCGUCCUCUUCAUUGUCUUCUCCAUCCUCUGCUGCUUCCACUGCCUCCUUGAGCCGCUUCGCUAGUUG